AUGUCAAUGGACAUUAUAAAAUCAGUAGAACAUUCAUCUAAAAUUCUGAGAGAUAAUCCACAACAUAUCACUGAUAGAAUAUUUUUCAUAGAUGCUUCUAACCAGAGCCUGACUACCAUUCCACCAGAGAUCUUAGAAUUAAAAGAAUUAGAAGAAGUACAUUUGGAAAAUAAUGACAUUGCAGUGAUUCCCCAGGAUAUUCAGCAUUUAAAGAACAUCAGGAUCCUCUACUUGAACAAGAACAAACUGAGGAAUCUGUGUCCGGAGCUGGGGAAACUGGCCAGGCUGAAGGGCCUAGAUCUAAGCAACAAUCCCCUUCUUUUCUCAUCCAUUCCCGUCAUCAGUCACAUCCGUACCCUGCGGGAGCUCCGGCUCUACAAGAUUUACCUGAGGGAGUUUCCCAUUGUGAUCUGUAAAUCUCUUCACCACCUGGAGCUGCUUGGCCUGUCGGGAAACCUCCUGAAAUCUUUGCCCCAGGAAAUAGUGAACCAGACCAAACUGAGGGAGAUCUACCUGAAGCAAAACAAAUUUGAAGUUUUCCCUCAGGAGCUCUGUGUUCUCUACAACCUGGAGAUCAUUGACCUGGAUGAGAACAAACUAAAUUCCAUUCCAGAAGAGAUUGGAAAUCUGACAAUGCUGCAGAAAUUCUAUGUAGCUUAUAACAAGGUGCCCUUUAUACCCGACUCACUGUACCAUUGUAGCAAGUUGUCAGUCCUUGAUUUUUCCCACAACCUCCUCUACUGCAUCCCGCACACCCUCACUGAGCUCACAGAGAUGACAGAAAUUGGGCUGAGUGGGAACCAGCUGGAGAAGGUGCCCCGCCUCAUCUGUAAGUGGACCUCACUGCAGCUGCUCUACCUGCGCAAUACGGGUCUGCGGAGUCUGCGGCGCUCCUUCAGGCGCCUGGUCAACUUGCGUUUCCUGGAUCUCAGCCAGAACCACCUGGAACACUGUCCGUUGCAGGUCUGUGCACUGAAGAACCUGGAAAUCCUGGCGCUGGAUGAUAAUAAAAUACGGCAGUUACCUCCAGAGAUUGGCUCACUUUCAAAACUGAAGAUACUUGGAUUAACAGGAAACCAGUUCUUUUCCUUUCCAGAGGAAAUCUUUUCUUUAGCAUCUUUGGAGAGACUAUACUUGGGACAAGAUCAGGGAGUCAAGUUUACCACUGUGCCGGAAUGCAUUAGCAAACUGCAGAGGCUUAAAGAGCUGCACAUAGAGAACAAUCACCUGGAGUACCUGCCCGAAUCCUUGGGUUUACUGCCUAACUUGGAAAUUCUUGAUUGCUGCCACAAUUUGCUUAGGCAACUUCCAGAUGCCAUUUGCAAAGCACAAGCUUUGAAAGAAUUAUUGCUUGAGGACAACUUGCUCACCCAUCUUCCAGAAAAUUUGGAUAGUCUAGUGAAUAUAAGUGCCCUGACACUGAUGGAAAACCCCAUGGUAGAGCCCCCAGUGGAAGUGUGCACUGAAGGCAUUGAGGCUAUAUGGAGAUACCUUAAGGGAAACAGAAAUAUGAAAAUAAUGGCGACAAAGAUCCAGGCGUGGUGGCGUGGAAUAAUGGUAAGGAAAGGACUGGGGAGAUUUGAAGAACUACAAAAACCACGAAAGAAAGGAAAGGCUUCUCCAAAAGAUAAGAAAGGAAAGAAGGCUGAAAAAGGAAAACCUCCAAAGGGAAAUAAGAAAUAAUUUUAUACAUUAAUGAAUUAGGAUAAAGGAUCCUAAUGGAUUAAGAAGAAGGCUAAAUAUCUAGGAAUUAGAUGACUACCACUCUGAAAUUAAAUCAUGAAUUAUGGUUAUGUGUAAGAUAGAAGAUUCUUACCUUUACUGAAAUAUUUAUGGAUAAGAUGAUAUGACGUCUGAGAAUUGUUUCAAAAUAAUAUUGGUGAGGUAAGUGAAUGGGGGAACAUAUGUAAUAGAUUGACCAUGAGUUGAUAAUUGUAUAAGCCAGGUGGUGGGUACAAGAGGGUUCAUUAUACUAUUGUCUACUUUUUAAAAACUUUUUAUUUUGAAAUAAGUUUAGAUCCCCAGGAGUUUCCAAAGAAAUGUACCGGGAGGUAACACGCACCCUUCACCCUGCCUCCCCAGUGUUAACCUCUUGCAUAACUAUUGUACAAUAAAACCAGGAAACUAGCACAACUCACUCGGCUUAUUCAGAUUUCAUCUGUUAUACAUGCAUUCGUUUGUGUUGUGUAUGUGUGUAGUUCUACACAAUUUUAUCACAUGUAACUUCAUGUGACCAGUACCACAAUCAAGAUAAAGAGCUGUUGGAUCACCACAAGGCUCCCUUGUUUUAUUCUUUUGUAGUUACACCUGACUCCUAAUCCCCUAACUCCUGGUCAUCAGUAACCUGUGUUCCAUCUCUUAUGCUUUUAUUAUUUCGAGAAUGUCAUGUAAAUGGAAUCACACAGUAUGUAACCUUUUAGGAUUGACAUUUUUCUCUCAGCAUAAUUCCCUUGAGGUCCAUCCCGGUGGUUGUAUCAACAGUCCAUUCCUUUCUAUUGCCGAGUAGUAUUCCGCUGAGGUAGCCAGGAUUCGGAAUGGACUUGAGGGCAGUUAAUGACAACAUGCUACUGCCUCACAGUUUGUGUAACCAUUUACCCACUGAAGGACACUGGUUUGUUUUCACUUUGGGGCUAUUAUGAAUAAAGCUGCUGUGGACAUUUGUGUACAGACUUCGU